CAUCCCAACAGGUAUUAAUCAAAGAAGAAAUCGAUGGCAGUUUCUACAAUCGGAUGCCUUUUAGAGUUUCUUCUUUGGUGAAUAGAAGGUACCGAUGUUCCAUUGAAAAGGGAAGACUUAGGGUUUUGUUUCCAUUCAAAAUCUUCAUAUUUACUAAUUUGUCUACCCAGUACCUUAGUUUUUGUCGAACCUAGGUUAAGUUGGUAAGGAUGAUAUUGAACAAAGCUGAGAGGGUUACCGACCUUUACUUUUUGCUUGAUGAUGGCACAGGUCGCAUAGACUGCAACAGAUGGGUUCAUGAACCUGUAGACACGAAGGAGAUGGAAGCAAUAACGGAGGGAAUGUAUGUUCGAGUUCAUGGUCAACUGAAAGGCUUUCAUGGGAAAAAGCAGUUAGUGGUCUUUGCUUGCAGGCUUGUGACUGAUUUUCAUGAGAUCACACAUCACUUUGUUGAAUGCAUAUAUGUCCACUCUUACAACAUAAAUUUAAUGGUAAAAUUUCACAACUCUACUCCAAGUUUCUUAACAUUAGAAAUAUUAUUGUGUCAUGUUAAGUUUAUAAUUUGGUUUUUCACUGGUCAAUAUGUUGUUGAUGGACUUUAUGGAAUUGAUAAAAGGGUGAUAACUUAUUUGCAACUUCCAGCCAAUUUAUAAGUUGGUUUGUUUGGUUUAUUUUAGUUUUAUUAUGUGAAAUUCCAAUUUUUUAUAAGCUGUUUGUAUGUUUCAGAGCAAGGGAAUCAUGAUUACAUGUAGAAGAAAUUGUUAUGCAAUUGGGCCUUCCUUUAGACAAGAUUCGGUAAUCCUCUGUUUAUUUUAUAAAAGUGUUGUAUGGAUAAAUGUUAAAUGAUGAUUAAAGAAUAUGUUUUUAUGGUUUUGAAAUUCGAACAGGGAGGCGAUUGGCUAAUGUGUCC